AUGAACUGUAGAGUAGAUGACCCCUAUUGAUUUGUGGGUCAUUUGAUCAAAGUUUAAAGACACAGGAACCUGCAGAGAAUAUCUGAGAUGCUUGAUGAACUGCAAAGCCUUUUGGCUCAGUUUAAAGCUUUGACAUCAGAGAUUUCCAAGGAGAAUGCAGUGUCAACUUCUAACUGGACAGACUAUCUGGAGAGAGGCAUCAAAUUGUGCGAGGCAUUACCUAAUUUGGAAUCUAUUAGUCCAGAGCAGUCUACACAGCUUGCAGAGAUAGAAAAUAUAGCAGUAGGACUAUGGAACCAGUCUGUAGCAUUAAAGACAAAGGGAAUGGUAUCUGUAAUAGCCAAUGCUAAGAUACGUCACAUUGCGUUCUGGAUGCUGGAGUUUUGUGGGCAAAGAUUUGAAAAUGAAACAAGUCUGAGGAGACAGAUAAUGAUGGGACUCAAAACUGGAAGAGCUUGGUUAGAUGGAAAUAUACCUGACUUUGCUGAUAAAGUUUUGUCAAAAUCAGAGAAGUGUAUCCAGAGAUUACAGAAGUUGGUGAUUGAUAAGAAAGCAGCAAGCGGAGGAACAGAAUCUGUAGAGAAAGAAAAACUUGAGGUUGAGCAAGAUCUCUUUACACUUCUCUGUUACUGGGCAGAAACAUAUGUGGCAUUAUCCAGAGCAGAGGAUGCCUUAGAGCAAAUGUUGAAGGCAAAGCAACUUCUACCCAAGUUUCCAAAGGAAGCAUCUUUCCUGUCUAUGCUAUGUUACAACACAGGAGUUGAACUUUAUCAACAUAAACUGUAUGCUGAGGCUGCAGUAUGGCUGAGAGAGAGUUAUGAACUUGGUAAAGGACAAAAGUCUAUAGGCCCAAAGAAUCAGGCUAGAACAUUACGAUUACUGUCCAAUGUAUACCUCGAGCACCAACCAGAGGAAAACUUACAGAAUGCAUUAAAUGCUAUCAGUCUAGCCAAUACUGAACAUUGCCAUCCUGCUGGUGUUUUCUUGAAGCUGAAGAUCCUGUUGCUCCAGAAUGCAGCUGAUAAUAUUGUAAAGAGAGCUUGUGAAGAAUUACUCACCAUCCAGGAAUUAACUGUAGACCUGAGUCUUCAUACAAUGCAGCUUGUUAAUCAGCAUAACAGGACAGAGCUGAUGCCCUGGUUAAUUGAAGAGUUGUUGAAGAGAUUUGAACACUCUCCUGACAUUGAUAAAUUACUAGUCACAAAUACAGAGGUUCUUCUUAGUUCUAGUAUGAAAAAGCAAGCCAAGGAAUUUGUUGAAUAUUGUAUAACAGCCCACCACACAGGAAGACCUCUUGAGUUGUCGGUUAAGAAGAGGUUCCAUGUUUUGUUCUGGGAACAGGCAGCAUCAGCCUUUGAGGCAGAAGACUUUGAGGAGGCAUUGCAAUGGUAUAAUUACUCUCUGAGCUUGUAUACCAAGGCAGACAUUGGAGAUUUGAACCUGGCCAAGCUGCACAGAAACAGAGCCAACUGCUUCAUUGCUACACAUCAACUGGAUCAGCCAAAUUUCAAGGAAACCCCCUGCCCCCAACAAGGUUUGGGUAAAAGCAUUUUAAGGGUGGCCAUCAGGAAAAAAUUUAAAGCAGCUCCUGAUAUACCCAAAUGA